AUGAGGAACAUUUUGAUCACAAUGAUCAAUUCCGAUCCCAUGCCUGAACUUUUGAUGCACAUCAUUAGAUAUGUGAUGCCUUCCAAAGAUAAGAAACUAAAGAAGCUAUUAUACUUUUACUGGGAAAUUUGUGAAAAGUAUGACUCGGAAGGGAAGCUUAGACAUGAAAUGAUUUUGGUUUGUAACGCUAUUCAAAGAGAUUUACAACAUCCUAAUGAAUUUAUCAGGGGUAAUACAUUGAGAUUUUUGAACAAGCUGAAGGAGCCAGAAUUGUUGGAAACGUUGGUUCCAAAUUGUCGAUCCUGCUUAGAACAUCGUCACGCUUACGUUAGAAAGAAUGCUGUUUUUGCAAUUUACUCCAUCUAUAAAGUCUCUGAUCAUUUGAUUCCAGAUGCUCCUGAAUUAAUUCUUGAUUUCCUCAAUAUUGAAAACGAUGCUACUUGUAGAAGAAAUGCCUUUGUUUGUUUGAGUCAGUUGAAUAGAGAAGCUUCUUUGUUGUAUAUUCAAGAACAACAGUUGGAAUCUUUAGAUCCAUUGAUUCAACUAGCAAUCAUUGAAUUUAUUCGUAAAGAUGCGUUACAACACAAUGAAUUAAGACAGCAAUACUUACAGAUUGUCACCGCAUUACUCGACUUUGGUAAUACGGCUGUUGCCUAUGAAGCAGCCACUACAUUAAGUGUGCUGAGCUCUUCCCCUGCUUCAGUUAAAAAUGCAGCUAAUAAGUUUGUUGAGUUGGCUAUCAAGGAGUCAGAUAUUAACGUCAAAUUGAUUGCGCUGGAAAGAAUCAGUGAAUUGCAUUCUGAAAAUGAGGGGGUUCUAGACGAUGUUUGUUUGGAUAUCUUGAAAGUAUUAUCUUCCCCAUCCGUUGAUGUUAGAAAUAAAGCCAUUGAAAUUGGUUUGAAACUUGUUUCAUCAAAAAAUGUUGAGGAUGUUAUCAAAUUGUUGAAAAAGGAGUUGCAAAGAACCACAAACUCCAAUGAGGAUAAAACAACUGAAUACAGACAAGCUCUAAUCAGUGCAAUUCAUUCUAUUGCAAUCAAGUUUCAUGAGAUUGCCUCCUCUGUUGUUGACUUACUAUUGGAAUUCAUUGGGGAAUUGAACACAUCGGCAGCCACUGAAGUGAUAACUUUUGUUAAACAGGUAAUUGAUAAAUACCCAGACUUAAGAAGUAACAUCAUCAAUAGACUAUUGGUUUCCUUAUCUAAUGUAAAAUCAGGGAAAGUGUAUAGAGGCUCUCUCUGGAUCCUAGGUGAAUACUGCAUUGAAGAACCCGACGUUCAGGCUACUUGGAAACACAUCAGAACUAAUAUUGGUGAGAUUCCUAUACUUGGAGCAGAAAAAAAAGCAAAUGGGUUUGAAGCUGAAGAGGAUGAUCUUGAGGCUAAGAGUGAAAAUAGAAGUGCAACAAAACCAAAAGUCCUAGCUGAUGGUACUUAUGCAACAGAAAGUGCAUAUGAUGAGCCAAAGAAGGAUAGCACAGUCGCAUCUUCCAAGCACUAUAAAACCCCAAUUAGAAGUUUCAUUUUAGAUGGUGAUUUUUAUUUGGCCUCUGUUUUGGCAUCAACAUUAGUCAAAUUAUUACUGAGACUAAACAAACUUUCAGGUAGAAAAGAUUUAUUGAACGCCUUAAAAGCCGAAGCUAUGCUUAUAAUGGUUUCUAUUCUAAGAGUUGGUGAGUCCUCCUUUGUUAAAAAGAAAAUUGAUGAAGAUUCAUCUGAGAGAAUCAUGUCCUGUAUUAGGUUUUUAUCUGAAGAGGAAACCAAUGUUAAACUGCUUGAAGAUGCAUUUUUGGACAGUACCAUCGAAGCCUUCCACCAGCAAGUUGAUGGUCAGGUCGAAGCAGAAAUCGAAAAACUGAGCUCUACACAUCUAAAUGCAGAACAAGUUGAUGAUCCUAUUGCUUUCAGACAGUUCAGUAAUAAGGAUGCUAAAGUCAUUGGGGAUGAUGAAAAGGAGCUGAUGGCCGUUCAAGGCGGAUCUACUCAAAAGGAAGAUUUGUCUUCCAGGUUGAACAAGAUUGUUCAGUUAACUGGUUUCUCUGAUCCUGUUUAUGCAGAGGCAUAUGUUAAAGUUCACCAAUUUGAUGUCACUUUGGAUGUUCUGAUUGUCAACCAAACUACGACUACAUUGCGUAACCUAAGUGUAGAAUUUGCAGCACUUGGUGACUUGAAGGUCAUUGAUAAACCAUCUUCCAGUAACAUUCCUCCACAUGGCUUCCAUAGGACACAAACUACUGUUAAGGUUUCAAGUGCGGAUACCGGUGUGAUUUUUGGUAACAUUGUAUACGAUGGUCAGCACGCUGACCAGAGUACAAUUGUUAUUUUGAGUGACGUCCAUAUUGAUAUCUUGGACUACAUCAAGCCAGCUACCUGUACAGAAGCUCAAUUUAGAAAGAUGUGGAACGAGUUUGAAUGGGAGAACAAAAUUAGUGUUAACUCUUCUUUGCCUACUCUAAAGGAAUACUUGGACGAAUUGUUGAAGAGCACCAAUAUGAAUAACCUAACCCCAGGCUCGAUCAUUGGUGAUUGCCAAUUUUUGUCUGCUAAUCUUUAUUCUCGAUCUACAUUUGGUGAAGAUGCGCUUGCUAACUUGUGUAUUGAAAAAAGCGUAGACGGUCCUAUUGUUGGACAUGUGAGAAUCAGGUCCAAGGGACAAGGACUUGCCCUCAGUCUGGGUGAUAAAGUUGCUGCGGUUGCAAGAAAGAACAGCAAUAUAGCUGUCACAGAAGUAUAA